UAAUAAUUAUUUAUCAACGAAAUAUUUAGUUUAAUCGGUGUACCAACACUUCGUCCCUGGUGCCAGCGGUGUACCGCAAAAUAACGCGAUUCUUCCCCGAUCCGUUUGCAGAAGUUGCAGCCUAGCCAAAACGCGUGCGAGCAAGUGAAAAGAGUUCCGUACACUUUUUUCGCCAAGGUCGCCGCGGUCGGUCGAAAAGUGAAGAGUGCAAACGAUCUCGUCCUUCCAGCAAUUUCCAAAACUUCCCGUUAACCAAUCUUGACUGCCGGACACACACAACCUUUCUGCUAGAAGCGAUUGGACACUGCUAAAAUGUUACGAACGAUCAUCGUACGAAACGAGAAUCUCCUGCUGCAAGGAUCGAUCCGAAAAAUACUGAAAGGAACUGCCAUCCGCUCGCUUAGCAGUGAGUGUGCCAAACGAUCAGCCGCCGGACACCGCAGAAACUCGCACAACCUAUCGAACGGCCGCAACAACCUUAAAGCGGUAACAUGGAGAACGAACUUUGUCCGAGGAUAUUGCAGCGGAUUCCCGGCACACUCGAAGGUCCUGCUUCCGGCGCUGUCCCCCACGAUGGAGCUCGGCACUAUCGUCAGCUGGGAGAAGAAGGAAGGCGACAAGCUGAAUGAAGGUGAUUUGCUGGCGGAAAUUGAAACCGACAAAGCGACCAUGGGCUUCGAAACGCCCGAGGAAGGCUAUCUGGCGAAAAUUCUUGUACAAGCCGGUCAAAAAGACGUCCCCAUUGGCAAGCUCGUCUGUAUUAUCGUGGAGAAUGAGUCGGAUGUAGCGGCAUUCAAGGAUUACAAAGAUACGGGUGCUGCUCCGGCGAAACCGGCUGCCGCUCCAGCCGCACCAUCGGCACCCGCUGCCGCACCACCAGCACCUACCCCACCGCCAGUGUCUGCCCCACCACCACCGCCACCGGCUGCACCGCAACCCAUGACGGCGGUGGAACAGCGAGGACCCCGUGUCUACGCUAGCCCAAUGGCCAAAAAGUUGGCCGAGCAGCAACGUUUACGGCUGGAAGGUAAAGGUUCCGGGUUGUUUGGUUCACUAACGUCUAAGGAUCUUGCAGGUAUGCAAGCGGCCGGAGCUGCUCCAACGGCCGGUGCACCAGCAGGGGCACCUUCCAUCCCGGCCGGUGCCGCCUACAUUGACAUCCCGGUGUCAAACAUUCGCGGUGUAAUUGCAAAGCGCCUGCUCGAAUCGAAGACCACCAUACCGCACUACUACUUGACGGUGGAUGUAAAUAUGGAUCAGGUGACGAAGCUGCGGGCCCGUUUCAACAAGCAGCUGGAAAAGGAAGGUGUGAAACUGUCGAUCAAUGAUUUCAUCAUCAAAGCGGCGGCCAUGGCAUGUAAAAAGGUACCGGAAGCCAACUCGGCCUGGAUGGAUACGGUGAUCCGACAGUUCGAUGCGGUGGAUGUGUCCGUGGCCGUGUCGACGGAUCGGGGACUGAUAACGCCGAUCGUGUUCUCGGCCGACCGGAAGGGAAUUUCCGACAUCAGCAAGGAUGUGAAGAAUCUGGCAGCGAAGGCCCGCGAAGGCAAGCUGCAACCGCAGGAGUUCCAGGGCGGUACGUUCAGCGUGUCGAACCUGGGCAUGUUCGGGGUGACCCAUUUCUGCGCCAUCAUUAACCCACCACAGUCGUGCAUUCUGGCUGUCGGCGGUACCCAGAAGCGUCUCGUACCUGAUAAGGAUUCGGAAGCUGGCUUCAAGGAAAGUGACUACGUUUCGGUAACGCUUAGCUGUGACCACCGUACGGUCGAUGGGGCUGUCGGUGCCCGCUGGUUGCAGUACUUCCGCCAGUUCCUGGAAGAUCCCAACUCGAUGUUGCUGUAAGGUGUUGUAAAAAAGUCUUCUUCGAUGGCCUGCUUGCUGUAAAACGAAACGAAAGUCCAACAUAAAGGGGUGCUAGGCAGAGCAAAACAUAACGGGGGGAUAAAACGGAAAGAGUAGAAAUAAUAACUAAUAGUAGUAGCCGCCGUAAGGGUCAGUAUGGAAAAGUAUUGAUGCUUUAGUUGCAUAAUUACUGCACUUGUGCGUACAAACGCCAUCUCAUUCGUCCUCGGGCAUCCUUGGUGUCUUACCGAUAAUGCAACACGCAAAGGAGAACAUCGGCCAGCGAAUGGUCCGUGCGCUUUGGACUGAUUUCCCUCCCUAGCAUGGAUUAUUGUUCCCCCCCACACACUCAGACACUCACACAUACAUAUGUACCAAAUAGUUCAUAGUUCCAUUAACCGAGAUUGACGAGCAAUACAACGCAAGGGCACUUUUAGCUGUAAAUGCUGCCGAAAGUAACCGAUUACCUGUUCAUAGUUGUAGGCCAUAGAGAGAUGUUAAACCGUUGUACAACAGAGGAACUGUUACAGUGCUGUUCCACUCAUUACUGACCGAUUAGUCACGAGGGAGGGAGAUAAAAACACACUCGAUAGAGGAAUCCGUACAAUGCAGCACAUCACAAACUUAGAUCUGCUCAGUUUUGCUGCAGUCCCUGGCAUAUAAGAACGGAGGGAAGCCAAUGAAAUGCGAAACAAAAUCAUCACCAUCUUUCCUAUGCUACUCUUUCACUUUAAUUCGGCAAUUAAAAUCGGCCAACAAAAGCGACCGACCGUGCUCAAGGCUGGGGCGACUCUUUUCGCACUUUUCGUAUCACCAUAAAAAAAUCCCUCGAGCCCAAAAUAUCCUUUCCCAUUACCGGAGCAAACUAAAAGCAUGGAUGAUCCACGCAGCAAAAGAGAAAACAAACAAAAGACACCACCACCAUCAACCUGCCGGAAGGGAACAUUUAGACGAAACUGGUCAAAUUGAUGAUUUGCUUGUUGAACAAGAUCUUAUUAUAUAGUUUUGUUUUAUGCGCUAUUAUUAUUUUUAAAACAUCGAGGAAUAAAUCAAAUUUAUUUAUUGGUUACCGUGGUUCAUCAAGGCACUUUAUGCGAUGCUGCAGCAAUUGCACUGAUUGUGUUUGUUUGCGUUACACAAUUUCUAAUUAAAGGGAAUAGUUUGGUCAACACACAGACACACACGGAGCGGUCAAUUUUCCGUCGUGACAAAGACAAUACGAUAACCACGCAAUGGCCAUUACGUCCUUGACACGUAUUUGAAUCUACAAUACUCGUUGUGAUCGUUUGAAUCGAAGAAUCAAUCAAUUUUAGUUACACAUCGUUACUACCAAAAACUCAACGUACCAGCGUGUAAAAUGUACUGCAAAAUGUCUGAUACAGCAUCAAAUACAAUACCAUUGGAGCUUA